CACACACACACACACACACACACACACUGAUGGUAAGGUCAGGUGACAGAGGUCUUAACUCUGAGAUCACUGUAAGCCCUGACUCGGACAUGUGUAAGAAAACUCCUGGUUUAUUUAUUGAUUUGUUUGUACUUUAUUAAAGCUGUAAAUGACGAGUGUUAUCAAGGGUCCAAGUUAGCUUCUAGUCGCUUCGAGCUACAGCGCUAACGCUAACACUGAGAUUCCACACUGCACACGUGGACUCCAGAUCUUCUGUGAAAAGGAAAUCGCCGCUACUGCACUCUCGGUCUCUCUUCUGUAUAUAUGUGUGUGUGUGUGUGUGUGUGUGUGUGUGUGUGUGUGUGUGUGUUACACAACACCGAGUGUGUAGUGCUCUACAUGUACUGUAAACACAUGCCCUUGUGCGCUGGACAUUCUGGUAUCUAGCAAAACCCAAAAAAUUGAAAAACAUGUGUUUCUUUUUUUACGGAGCGAUAACAAGCGACGAGUGAGAUUAUUAACAGUCGUGACCUGCCCACAAGACUCAAACUCACCAGGAACCUGUCGCUUGCUAGCGUGAACUCUGCCUCAGACACGAGCGAGUCAAAGCGCUGAGGUGAUUUUUUACAUUCUGCUGAAUUCUGUUGAACUUAAAGCUGCAGUACUGAACUUUUGCCUCUCUAUCGCCAUCUCUGUUUGAAACGGGAAACGCGAUACCUAGCUGAAUCAAGCGAACACGUGCGCUAAUGUUAGCUGGUUACAUACUGAGCCACUGAAAUGUCUUAAAUGUUCAGCAAAUAAAAGCCAUGUCUGUGUCAGUCUUCAGUCCCUUCAGAUCUCGGAGCUUUCACCACGUCUCAAAAGCCAUGCUGAUAUUUAUUCUGGUUUCAGCACGGGCUCUGUUGCGUUCCCUUUCUCACUGCAUCCCCUCCAGUUCGAGGUUCCUUGGUUUUGACAGCAGCUGAUUCCCCAGAUGUGACUGAUGAUUGUGUUUAGAACGAUCCAGAUUAAAGCAGCCGUCUAGACGACCGGUUUCAAUUCUAAGCAACUGUUGUAAGGAAAAGCUACAAACACUCCACCUUCCUCAGCCCCCACACACGUGAUAUAGUAGCUGGCUCGUCUUCUUUCUGUUUACGCGCGUGACGAAACCACGCGAAGGCGAAUGACGUCACGAAUGAAGUUUUGAACACUGAUUUUUUUAUGGACGUGUUCAACAAUUGAUUUGAUUUAUGUUCGUUUUUAACCAAGAAAAGUUCCUUACUGCAGCUUUAAACCACAUGUUUAAUUGUAUAUGUCAUGUUUACCGGACGAAUGUGUUUUUAUUUAUUGAUGUCAUCGUGCAAUACAGGUGUGUUUAACUGCUGUGUGUGUUUUAUUGCUUUAGUGUUUUAUUUCUCUUCGGAUUGCAGUCCUGGUUUGUUAUUACUAAUGUUAUUACUAAUGUUAUUACAUACAAUCAAACUGUAAUAACCUAAUAGUAAUAUUGUGGGCCUUCACACUCACAUACAGAGCAACCGUGUGUGUGUGUGUGUGUGUGUGUGUGUAUAUGUGUGUGUGUGUCACUGCAUUCUGACUGUAUACAGUGUGUAUAAGUUUAAAACACAAGCCAUAAAAUGUUAUUAUUUGUCCUGAUCACUGAGACUGAAUUAGUGAAUAAAAAAAAGAGCUGUGAUUUAAAUUCGAGACUGCCCGUGUGUGUGUGUGUGUGUGUGUGUGUGUAUGUGUGUGUGUCCUGUACAGUAAGUGCUUGUGCCAUGCAACAGUAUGUACAGUAUGUGGUUCCAACAUGUGAUCUCUCCAGCUGCAUGCAGAAAUAAACUAAAGAGUCUCUUUUACAGCAAAGUGAAUAGCACUUGUUUCUGGGAGUGAUGGAGAGACGGCAUUAAUCAGUUUUCCUCUUCACUUUUGGAGGAAAAGGGGAUUGCCCCAUAACACAGAAUGCAUUUACAGCUUCAGCCGGUAGGGGGCGGAGCGAAACGUCACAGGUAGUGACGUCAGUUUACCAGAAAGCGGAAGAGUUUCUGCCGACCACAAAAAGCAGGAAGAAGAAGAAGAAGCUUCUCUCUCAGACUCGACUCCAUUUUGUCUCUGUUGGAAAAGCAGAAAAACCUCAACACCAGGCAGAAACGGUGAUAUUAAUGUCACACAACAUCGACUGCUGAAUAAAAGAGUGUCAGUAAUUCCAGCAGAAGAGAUCAGCAUCUUCAGGACUCAGCUGUGUGUCCAUGAGCUGUCUGUGUUUACACUAAUAUUCAAACAUGGAGACCCCUGACCUGGACACAGAGAAUGUGACCCCGCCCAAUAAUAACCAUAAACUACAGAGAAAGAGAUCAGACUCCCCAGAUCCCAGCUGUGUCUCCAUGAAGAGUGAUGAGUCUAUGGAGCUUCCUCGAAACUUUAGAAAUAGAGACUCCUCAUCUGUACACAGUAAACUACAGAGAAAGAGAUCACACCCCCCAGAACCCAGCUGUGUCUCCAUGAAGAGUGAUGAGUCUAUGGAGCUUCCUCGGAACUUUAGAAAUAAAGACUCCUCGUCUGUACACAGUAAACUACAGAGAAAGAGAUCAGACUCCCCAGAACCCAGCUGUGUCUCCAUGAAGAGUGAAGAAUCUAUGGAGCUUCCUCGAAACUUUAGAAAUAAAGACUCCUCGUCUGUACACAGUAAACUACAGAGAGAGAAAUCAGACUCCCCAGAACCCAGCUGUGUCUCCAUGAAGAGUGAUGAGUCUAUGGAGCUUCCUCGGAACUUUAGAAAUAAAGACUCCUCGUCUGUACACAGUGUUCUACAGAAGUCAGGAGACAGAAGAGAAAAGAACAUCAUCACAGCUACAGGACACGACCCAGAACCUGCUGCUGUAAAUGAAUUCCAGAAAAAGUUCAAAUUAAAUCUGGUGAAGAAGUUUCAGUGUUUAAAUGGAGUGAUGAUAAACCCGGAAAACCGAACACUCCUGAAUGAGAUCUACACAGAGCUCUACAUCACAGAGGGAGACAGUGGAGACGUCAAUAAAGAACAUGAGGUGAGACAGAUCGAGGCAGCAUCCAGGAGAACAACAACAGAGGAAACACCAAUCAAAUGCAGUGACAUCUUUAAGCCCUUAUCUGAUCAAGACGAACCCAUCAGAACUGUGCUGACAAAGACCUUAUCUAAAAAAGACAAACCCAUCAGAACUGUGCUGACAAAGGGAGUCGCUGGCAUCGGAAAAACAGUUUCUGUGCAGAAGUUCAUUCUGGACUGGGCUGAAGGGAAAGUAAAUCAGGACGUCCAGCUCAUGUUUCCACUUCCUUUCAGAGAGCUGAAUUUGAUGAAGGACCAGAAACUGAGUCUGAUGGAUCUCCUUCAUGUCUGUUUUAAGGAGACAAAAGAAACAGAAAUGUCCAGUUUGGAAAAGGUUCUGUUCAUUUUUGACGGAUUGGACGAGUAUCGUUUUCCUCUGGAUUUCCAGAACACAGAGAGAGUGUGUGAUGUAACUGAAUCAGCAUCAGUGCAUGUGCUGCUGAUAAACCUGAUCAAAGGGAAUCUGCUUCCCUCUGCUCUCAUCUGGAUCACCUCCCGACCCGCAGCAGCUGAUCAAAUCCCCUCUGAGUGUGUCCAUCGAGUCACAGAGGUACGAGGGUUCAGUGACCCACAGAAGGAGGAGUACUUCAGGAAGAGGAUCAGUGAUCAGAGCCUGGCCAAUAACAUCAUCACACACCUGAAGUCAUUAAGAAGCCUCUACAUCAUGUGCCACAUCCCAGUCUUCUGCUGGAUUUCAGCCACUGUUCUAGAGAGAUUGUUGGAUGAAGCAGAGAGCGGAGAGAUGCCCAAGACUCUGACUCAAAUGUACACGCGCUUCCUCAUCAUUCAGACAAACAUCAUAAGAGAAAAGUACUCAAAGAAGCAGGAGAGUGAUGAAGAAAUGCUUCUCAAACUGGGAAAACUGGCUUUUCAGCAGCUGAUGAAAGGCAACCUGAUCUUCUAUGAGGAAGACCUGAGAGAGUGUGGCAUUGAUGUGAGAGAAGCAGCAGUGUACUCAGGUGUGUGUACUCAGAUCUUCAGAGAAGAGUUUGGGCUUCACCAGAGUAAAGUGUACUGCUUUGUUCAUCUGAGCAUUCAGGAGCAUCUCGCAGCUCUGUAUGUGCACCUGACAUGCAUGAAGGAAAAGAGAAAUGUUCUUGAACAGAGUCGGGACUUUAAGACAAUUUCAGAUGUCCACAAGAGUGCUGUAGAUCAGGCCUUAAAGAGUGAGACUGGACAUCUGGAUCUUUUCCUCCGCUUUCUUCUGGGUCUCUCACUGGAGUCCAAUCAGAAACUCUUACGUGCCUUAGUAACACAUACAGGAAGUAGCUCCCAGACAGGAAAGAGGAACACAGUACAGUACAUCAAGGAGAUGAUCAGUGAAGAUACCCCUACAGAGAAAGCCAUCAAUCUGUUCCACUGUCUGAAUGAACUGGGGGACAAUUCUCUAGUGGAGGAAAUCCAACGCUACCUGAAAUCUGGAAAACAAAGUGAACUCUCUUCUUCACAGUGGUCUGCUCUGGUGUUUGUCUUACUGACAUCAGCAGAGGAGCUGGAGGAAUUUGACCAGAGUAAAUAUAUCUCUACAGAUAAAAUAAGAGAGGAGAUUCUUGUGAAGGUGAUGCCUGUGAUUGCAGCAUCCAGAAAAGCAAUUAUCAGGUGUGAUACAAUUCAAAACAGUGGUGGGAGAGCUCUGGCCUCAGUGCUCAGAUCAGAAACCUCCAAUCUGAGAGAACUGCAUCUGACUGUGGAUACACUGGAUCUGACUGGGAGUGAUCUAGGAGCCUCAGGAGUGAAGCGUGUCUCUGCUCUACUGGAGAAUCCUCAGUGUAAAGUAAAAAAUCUGAGGCUGAGUAGGUGUGAUAUCUCAGAUGAAGGCUAUGCUGCUCUGGCUUCAGCUCUGAGAUCAAACCCCUCACACCUGAGAGAACUGAUUCUGUCUGAUAAUAAACUAGGAGACUCAGGAGUGAAGAGUCUCUCUGCUGUACUGGAGAAUCCUCUCUGUAAACUGGAGAUACUGGGGUUGUGGAGGUGUGGUGUCUCAGAUGAAGGCUGUGCUGCUCUGACUUCAGCUCUGAGAUCAAACCCCUCACACCUGAGAGACCUGGAUCUGUCUGAGAAUAAACUAGGAGACUCAGGAGUGAAGAGUCUCUCUGCUGUACUGGAGAAUCCUCUCUGUAAACUGGAGAAACUGUGGUUGUAUAAUUGUGGUAUCUCAGAUGAAGGCUGUGCUGCUCUGACUUCAGCUCUGAGAUCAAACCCCUCACACCUGAGAGAUUUGACUCUGUGUAGAAAUAAUCUAGGAGUCUCAGGAGUGAAGAGUGUCUCUGCUGUACUGGAGAAUCCUCUCUGUAAACUGGAGAUACUGAGGUUGCGUUAUUGUGAUAUCUCAGGUGAAGGCUGUGCUGCUCUGGCUUCAGCUCUGAGAUCAAAACCCUCACACCUGAGAGAACUGUAUCUGGCUGGGAAUAAACUAGGAGACUCAGGAGUGAAGAGUCUCUCUGCUGUACUGGAGAAUCCUCUCUGUAAACUGGAGAAACUGGAUAAACUACAGAGAAAGAGACCAGACUCACCAGAACCCAGCUGUGUCUCCAUGAAGAGUGAUGAGUCUAUGGAUCCUCCUGGGAACUUUAAACAUGAAGACAACUCAUCUGUACACAGUAAACUACAGAGAAAGAGAUCAGACUCCCCAGAACCCAGCUGUAUCUCCAUGAAGAGUGAUGAAUCUAUGGAUCCUCCUGGGAACUUUAGAAAUAAAGACUCCUCGUCUGUACACAGUAAACUACAGAGAGAGAAAUCAGACUCCCCAGAACCCAGCUGUGUCUCCAUGAAGAGUGAUGAGUCUAUGGAUCCUCCUGGGAACUUUAGAAAUAAAGACUCAUCAUCUGUACACAGUGUUCUACAGAAGUCAGGAGACAGAAGAGAAAAGAACAUCACAGCUACAGGACACGACCCAGAACCUGCUGCUGUAAAUGAAUUCCAGGAAAAGUUCAAAUUAAAUCUGGUGAAGAAGUUUCAGUGUUUAAAUGGAGUGAUGAUAAACCCGGAAAACCGAAGACUCCUGAAUGAGAUCUACACAGAGCUCUACAUCACCGAGGGAGACAGUGGAGACGUCAAUAAAGAACAUGAGGUGAGACAGAUCGAGGCAGUAUCCAGGAGAACAACAACAGAGGAAACACCGAUCAAAUGCAGUGACAUCUUUAAGCCCUUAUCUGAUCACGACAAACCCAUCAGAACUGUGCUGACAAAGGGAGUCGCUGGCAUCGGAAAAACAGUUUCUGUGCAGAAGUUCAUUCUGGACUGGGCUGAAGGGAAAGUAAAUCAGGACGUCCAGCUCAUGUUUCCACUUCCUUUCAGAGAGCUGAAUUUGAUGAAGGACCAGAAACUGAGUCUGAUGGAUCUCCUUCAUGUCUGUUUUAAGGAGACAAAAGAAACAGAAAUGUCCAGUUUGGAAAAGGUUCUGUUCAUUUUUGAUGGAUUGGACGAGUGUCGUUUUCCUCUGGAUUUCCAGAACACAGAGAGAGUGUGUGAUGUAACUGAAUCAGCAUCAGUGCAUGUGCUGCUGAUAAACCUGAUCAAAGGGAAUCUGCUUCCCUCUGCUCUCAUCUGGAUCACCUCCCGACCCGCAGCAGCUGAUCAAAUCCCCUCUGAGUGUGUCCAUCGAGUCACAGAGGUACGAGGGUUCAGUGACCCACAGAAGGAGGAGUACUUCAGGAAGAGGAUCAGUGAUCAGAGCCUGGCCAAUAACAUCAUCACACACCUGAAGUCAUUAAGAAGCCUCUACAUCAUGUGCCACAUCCCAGUCUUCUGCUGGAUUUCAGCCACUGUUCUAGAGAGAUUGUUGGAUGAAGCAGAGAGCGGAGAGAUGCCCAAGACUCUGACUCAAAUGUACACGCGCUUCCUCAUCAUUCAGACAAACAUCAUAAGAGAAAAGUACUCAAAGAAGCAGGAGAGUGAUGAAGAAAUGCUUCUCAAACUGGGAAAACUGGCUUUUCAGCAGCUGAUGAAAGGCAACCUGAUCUUCUAUGAGGAAGACCUGAGAGAGUGUGGCAUUGAUGUGAGAGAAGCAGCAGUGUACUCAGGUGUGUGUACUCAGAUCUUCAGAGAAGAGUUUGGGCUUCACCAGAGUAAAGUGUACUGCUUUGUUCAUCUGAGCAUUCAGGAGCAUCUCGCAGCUCUGUAUGUGCACCUGACAUGCAUGAAGGAAAAGAGAAAUGUUCUUGAACAGAGUCGGGACUUUAAGACAAUUUCAGAUGUCCACAAGAGUGCUGUAGAUCAGGCCUUAAAGAGUGAGACUGGACAUCUGGAUCUUUUCCUCCGCUUUCUUCUGGGUCUCUCACUGGAGUCCAAUCAGAAACUCUUACGUGCCUUAGUAACACAUACAGGAAGUAGCUCCCAGACAGGAAAGAGGAACACAGUACAGUACAUCAAGGAGAUGAUCAGUGAAGAUACCCCUACAGAGAAAGCCAUCAAUCUGUUCCACUGUCUGAAUGAACUGGGGGACAAUUCUCUAGUGGAGGAAAUCCAACGCUACCUGAAAUCUGGAAAACAAAGUGAACUCUCUUCUUCACAGUGGUCUGCUCUGGUGUUUGUCUUACUGACAUCAGCAGAGGAGCUGGAGGAAUUUGACCAGAGUAAAUAUAUCUCUACAGAUAAAAUAAGAGAGGAGAUUCUUGUGAAGGUGAUGCCUGUGAUUGCAGCAUCCAGAAAAGCAAUUAUCAGGUGUGAUACAAUUCAAAACAGUGGUUGGUCAGCUCUGGCCUCAGUGCUCAGCUCAGAAACCUCCAAUCUGAGAGAACUGCAUCUGACUGUGGAUACACUGGAUCUGACUGAGAGUGAUCUAGGAGCCUCAGGAGUGAAGCGUGUCUCUGCUCUACUGGAGAAUCCUCAGUGUAAAGUAAAAAAUCUGAAGCUGAGUAGGUGUGAUAUCUCAGAUGAAGGCUAUGCUGCUCUGGCUUCAGCUCUGAAAUCAAACCCCUCACACCUGAGAGAACUGAUUCUGUCUGAUAAUAAACUAGGAGACUCAGGAGUGAAGAGUCUCUCUGCUGUACUGGAGAAUCCUCUCUGUAAACUGGAGAUACUGGGGUUGUGGAGGUGUGGUGUCUCAGAUGAAGGCUGUGCUGCUCUGACUUCAGCUCUGAGAUCAAACCCCUCACACCUGAGAGACCUGGAUCUGUCUGAGAAUAAACUAGGAGACUCAGGAGUGAAGAGUCUCUCUGCUGUACUGGAGAAUCCUCUCUGUAAACUGGAGAAACUGUGGUUGUAUAAUUGUGGUAUCUCAGAUGAAGGCUGUGCUGCUCUGACUUCAGCUCUGAGAUCAAACCCCUCACACCUGAGAGAUUUGACUCUGUGUAGAAAUAAUCUAGGAGUCUCAGGAGUGAAGAGUGUCUCUGCUGUACUGGAGAAUCCUCUCUGUAAACUGGAGAUACUGAGGUUGCGUUAUUGUGAUAUCUCAGGUGAAGGCUGUGCUGCUCUGGCUUCAGCUCUGAGAUUAAAACCCUCACACCUGAGAGAACUGUAUCUGGCUGGGAAUAAACUAGGAGACUCAGGAGUGAAGAGUCUCUCUGCUGUACUGGAGAAUCCUCUCUGUAAACUGGAGAAACUGGAGUUGUGGAGGUGUGGUGUCUCAGAUGAAGGCUGUGCUGCUCUGACUUCAGCUCUGAGAUCAAACCCCUCACACCUGAGAGAACUGACUCUGACUGAGAAUUAUCUAGGAGACUCAGGAGUGAAGAGUCUCUCUGCUGUACUGGAGAAUCCUCUCUGUAAACUGGAGAAACUGUGGUUGCGUAAGUGUGAUAUCUCAGAUGAAGGCUGUGCUGCUCUGACUUCAGCUCUGAGAUCAAACCCCUCACACCUGAGAGAACUGUAUCUGUCUGAUAAUAAACUAGGAGACUCAGGAGUGAAGAGUCUCUCUGCUGUACUGGAGAAUCCUCACUGUAAACUGGAGAUACUGAGGUUGUGGAGGUGUGGUGUCUCAGAUGAAGGCUGUGCUGCUCUGGCUUCAGCUCUGAGAUCAAACCCCUCACACCUGAAAGAACUGACUCUGUCUAUAAAUAAACUAGGAGACUCAGGAGUGAAGAGUCUCUCUGCUGUACUGGAGAAUCCUCUCUGUAAACUGGAGAUACUGGGUAAACUACAGAGAAAGAGACCAGACUCACCAGAACCCAGCUGUGUCUCCAUGAAGAGUGAUGAGUCUAUGGAUCCUCCUGGGAACUUUAAACAUGAAGACACCUCAUCUGUACACAGUAAACUACAGAGAAAGAGAUCAGACUCCCCAGAACCCAGCUGUAUCUCCAUGAAGAGUGAUGAAUCUAUGGAUCCUCCUGGGAACUUUAGAAAUAAAGACUCCUCGUCUGUACACAGUAAACUACAGAGAGAGAAAUCAGACUCCCCAGAACCCAGCUGUGUCUCCAUGAAGAGUGAUGAGUCUAUGGAUCCUCCUGGGAACUUUAGAAAUAAAGACUCAUCAUCUGUACACAGUGUUCUACAGAAGUCAGGAGACAGAAGAGAAAAGAUCAUCAUCACAGCUACAGGACACGACCCAGAACCUGCUGCUGUAAAUGACUUCCAGAAAAUGUUCAAAUUAAAUCUGGUGAAGAAGUUUCAGUGUUUAAAUGGAGUGAUGAUAAACCUGGAAAACCGAACACUCCUGAAUGAGAUCUACACAGAGCUCUACAUCACAGAGGGAGACAGUGGAGACGUCAAUAAAGAACAUGAGGUGAGACAGAUCGAGGCAGUAUCCAGGAGAACAACAACAGAGGAAACACCAAUCAAAUGCAAUGACAUCUUUAAGCCCUUAUCUGAUCAAGACGAACCCAUCAGAACUGUGCUGAAAAAGACCUUAUCUAAAAAAGACAAACCCAUCAGAACUGUGCUGACAAAGGGAGUCGCUGGCAUCGGAAAAACAGUUUCUGUGCAGAAGUUCAUUCUGGACUGGGCUGAAGGGAAAGUAAAUCAGGACGUCCAGCUCAUAUUUCCACUUCCUUUCAGAGAGCUGAAUUUGAUGAAGGACCAGAAACUGAGUCUGAUGGAUCUCCUUCAUGUCUGUUUUAAGGAGACAAAAGAAACAGAAAUGUCCAGUUUGGAAAAGGUUCUGUUCAUUUUUGACGGAUUGGACGAGUGUCGUUUUCCUCUGGAUUUCCAGAACACAGAGAGAGUGUGUGAUGUAACUGAAUCAGCAUCAGUGCAUGUGCUGCUGAUAAACCUGAUCAAAGGGAAUCUGCUUCCCUCUGCUCUCAUCUGGAUCACCUCCCGACCAGCAGCAGCUGAUCAAAUCCCCUCUGAGUGUGUCCAUCGAGUCACAGAGGUACGAGGGUUCAAUGACCCACAGAAGGAGGAGUACUUCAGGAAGAGGAUCAGUGAUCAGAGCCUGGCCAAUAACAUCAUCACACACCUGAAGUCAUUAAGAAGCCUCUACAUCAUGUGCCACAUCCCAGUCUUCUGCUGGAUUUCAGCCACUGUUCUAGAGAGAAUGUUGGAUGAAGCAGAAAGUGGAGAGAUGCCCAAGACUCUGACUCAAAUGUACACACACUUCCUCAUCAUUCAGACAAACAUCAUAAGAGAAAAGUACUCAAAGAAGCAGGAGAGUGAUGAAGAAAUGCUUCUCAAACUGGGAAAACUGGCUUUUCAGCAGCUGAUGAAAGGCAACCUGAUCUUCUAUGAGGAAGACCUGAGAGAGUGUGGCAUUGAUGUGAGAGAAGCAGCAGUGUACUCAGGUGUGUGUACGCAGAUCUUCAGAGAAGAGUUUGGGCUUCACCAGAGUAAAGUGUACAGCUUUGUUCAUCUGAGCAUUCAGGAGCAUCUCGCAGCUCUGUAUGUGCACCUGACAUGCAUGAAGGAAAAGAGAAAUGUUCUUGAACAGAGUCGGGACUUUAAGACAAUUUCAGAUGUCCACAAGAGUGCUGUAGAUCAGGCCUUAAAGAGUGAGACUGGACAUCUGGAUCUUUUCCUCCGCUUUCUUCUGGGUCUCUCACUGGAGUCCAAUCAGAAACUCUUCCGUGCCUUAGUAACACAUACAGGAAGUAGCUCCCAGACAGGAAAGAGGAACACAGUACAGUACAUCAAGGAGAUGAUCAGUGAAGAUACCCCUACAGAGAAAGCCAUCAAUCUGUUCCACUGUCUGAAUGAACUGGGGGACAAUUCUCUAGUGGAGGAAAUCCAACGCUACCUGAAAUCUGGAAAACAAAGUGAACUCUCUUCUUCACAGUGGUCUGCUCUGGUGUUUGUCUUACUGACAUCAGCAGAGGAGCUGGAGGAAUUUGACCAGAGUAAAUAUAUCUCUACAGAUAAAAUAAGAGAGGAGAUUCUUGUGAAGAUGAUGCCUGUGAUUGCAGCAUCCAGAAAAGCAAUUAUCAGGUGUGAUACAAUUCAAGAACGUGGUGGGAGAGCUCUGGACUCAGUGCUCAGCUCAGAAACCUCCAAUCUGAGAGAACUGCAUCUGACUGUGGAUACACUGGAUCUGACUGAGAGUGAUCUAGGAGCCUCAGGAGUGAAGUGUCUCUCUGCUCUACUGGAGAAUCCUCAGUGUAAAGUAAAAAACCUGAAGCUGAGUAGGUGUGAUAUCUCAGAUGAAGGCUAUGCUGCUCUGGCUUCAGCUCUGAGAUCAAACCCCUCACACCUGAGAGAACUGAUUCUGUCUGAUAAUAAACUAGGAGACUCAGGAGUGAAGAGUCUCUCUGCUGUACUGGAGAAUCCUCUCUGUAAACUGGAGAUACUGGGGUUGUGGAGGUGUGGUGUCUCAGAUGAAGGCUGUGCUGCUCUGACUUCAGCUCUGAGAUCAAACCCCUCACACCUGAGAGACCUGGAUCUGUCUGAGAAUAAACUAGGAGACUCAGGAGUGAAGAGUCUCUCUGCUGUACUGGAGAAUCCUCUCUGUAAACUGGAGAAACUGUGGUUGUAUAAUUGUGGUAUCUCAGAUGAAGGCUGUGCUGCUCUGACUUCAGCUCUGAGAUCAAACCCCUCACACCUGAGAGAUUUGACUCUGUGUAGAAAUAAUCUAGGAGUCUCAGGAGUGAAGAGUGUCUCUGCUGUACUGGAGAAUCCUCUCUGUAAACUGGAGAUACUGAGGUUGGAGUAUUGUGGUGUCUCAGAUGAAGGCUGUGCUGCUCUGACUUCAGCUCUGAGAUCAAACCCCUCACACCUGAGAGAACUGGAUCUCUCUGGGAAUAAACUAGGAGACUCAGGAGUGAAGAGUCUCUCUGCUGUACUGGAGAAUCCUCACUGUAAACUGGAGAAACUGAGGUUGUGUAAUUGUGGUGUCUCAGAUGAAGUCUGUGCUGCUAUGACUUCAGCUCUGAGAUCAAACCCCUCACACCUGAGAGAACUGAAUCUGUCUGAGAAUAAUCUAGGAGACUCAGGAGUGAAGAGUCUCUCUGCUGUACUGGAGAAUCCUCUCUGUAAACUGGAGAUACUGUGGUUGCGUGAUUGUGGUGUCUCAGAUGAAGGCUGUGCUGCUCUGACUUCAGCUCUGAGAUCAAACCCCUCAUACCUGAGAGACCUGGAUCUGUCUGAGAAUAAACUAGGAGACUCAGGAGUGAAGAGUCUCUCUGCUGUACUGGAGAAUCCUCACUGUAAACUGGAGAAACUGAGGUUGUUUAAGUGUGGUGUCUCAGAUGAAGGCUGUGCUGCUCUGACUUCAGCUCUGAGAUCAAACCCCUCACACCUGAGAGAACUGGAUCUGUCUGAGAAUAAUCUAGGAGACUCAGGAGUGAAGAGUCUCUCUGCUGUACUGGAGAAUCCUCACUGUAAACUGGAGAUACUGGGGUUGUGUAAUUGUGGUGUCUCAGAUGAAGGCUGUGCUGCUCUGACUUCAGCUCUGAGAUCAAACCCCUCACACCUGAGAGAACUGGAUCUGUCUGAGAAUAAUCUAGGAGACUCAGGAGUGAAGAGUCUCUCUGCUGUACUGGAGAACCCUCACUGUAUACUGGAGAUACUGGGUUUGUGUAAUUGUGAUAUCUCGGGUGAAGGCUGUGCUGCUCUGGCUUCAGCUCUGAGAUCAAACCCGUCACACCUGAGAGAACUGGAGCUUUAUGGGAAUGACAUAGGAUACUCAGGAAAGAAGUGUCUCUCUGCUCUGAAGAAUGAUGAACAUUACAAUCUACAGUCACUGGGAAUAUUAAUGGACGACACAUCUCUACACUGAGUAGAACGACCUGUGAUCCCUGGACAAAAUUUCCUCAAUCUUAAUGAAAACCUGAGGGAUUAUUUGGAACAGCAGGUGAAAAACCACACGAACUCCAGCUGAAGGCAGUCAGUGGAAGACGGAGCUGAAAUGGACAGGAACAGUUUCAUGACAUUGGUGGGAUUCUCACCUGACAGGAUUAGCAUCUGAGGAGUUUAUGUGAAGAAGCCCCUAGGAGACUCACCACAAGUCACAUUUCUCACUCUGUCCUUUAGUUGGUGUUUAAUAUAGUGUAGAUCUUUUGGUUCCAGGAUCAGAUCUAAUCUGUUCUUUAUUUUCUCUGAUAUCUGAUCCCCAUUUCUUUGCUAGUAUCAGCUGAUCAUACCCGGUAUGGGAUCAGUGCCAUCUCUAUUACUUAAGUAUACACUAAUUGCAAUACUUGCAUAAUUGUGUCAGUUAAAUACAGUACAUUUUGAAGUGAAAAUAUAAGUACAAUAUAAUUAUAUAAUAUGAUAUUUGUGCUGUAUAAAAUUAGUUCAUGUAUUUAUCAUGAAUUUUUGUCUAACAAACUAUGCAAGAGCUUAUUUAAAUGUUAUUUCAGGUGUAAUGCUUAAGAGAUUGAGAGAGAGCGAAACACACAUGCGCACACACACAAAGAUCUGGAGAAAUGCAAGUGUUUUUGCAAAAAUCUAUAACAAAAGAAUUUUUUAAUUAAAUGUCAAAACAUUUCAAUCAUUUGGUUUUAUAUACAGUACAGUGAGAUAAUGUGAGGGCUUUCUGUGAAAGAACAACUGCAGUGUGUAUGUAUGUGUGUCUUUAUGCCUCGACUGUUCCCUCCUUCACUAUGGCCAUCGCCAGAUUACGUGCCAGAGCCAAUCGCAGCAGCUCCAGCUUUGUGGAUUCAACAUCAUCAUCCUGAAACACACACACCCCAUUUCAUAUCCUGUAUACCACAGAGAUUAUUCAGAUCUGGAUUCUGAUUGGUCAGAAGGUGUUGAUUAGUUUUCUAUAACAGCAGCUCUGACAGUAGUGCAGCUGUGAAUCCCAGGUUUAUAUUAAUGCUCUGGUUCUGAUACGUUAUCGUUUCUAUAGUAAUAUGGAAGUAGAUUUGUGCCAGAUAUGCUGAACAUAACUUUUUAAGAAACGGACAAAAAUAUACAAUGAUAAAGAAGAAAAAACUCAAAUUGAAAACAGUGAACAAAGAUUUAACAUGUUCUUCAAAUAAACAGCGUUCUUUAACUG